UGGAUACUCUAGCAGUAGGACAAACGUUCACUAGUUGGGAUGAAUUAGAUCUUGAAGAGCAGUCUUUAGACGUUAAAGUAUAUAAUCAAAAUUCUUUUGAAAUGGUAGAUACUCCAGUGGUAGGACAAACGUUCACUAGUUGGGAUGAAUUAGAUUGUUUUAUAUCUUUCUAUACAAUAUCUCAGAACUUUGUCAAUAUGAUACGUGGCUCAGAAUAUAAUAAUGGA